AUGGGAAUCCCCGGGAGGCCGAGAGGGUCGGAGGCCCUGCUCCGCAGCCUGUGGGUGGGGGAGCACCUACCCCGGGACUCUGCUGCGAUGGGGACGAAAUACGUGGAGGAGACGACGAAGAAAGCAGAGGAGCUGGCCCUGAAGCUGGCUGAGGCCAUCGAGGGAGGGGACAAGGAGCUGGCACUGGAGUGUGCUGGCUGGCUGGCCGAGCAGCGGGCGCCCGUGACGGUGCAGGUGAAGCCGGAGGCCUACCCCAAAAAGGAAAUCAGCUUGUGGGUGGGAGUGGAGGACGCCCAGAUGACCACAGUCCCCAUCUACCUGCAAGUCAAUCCUCAUAUGACUUUGGCUUCUCUGAAGGACAUGGUAUUCCUCCACUACGGCUUCCCACCCAGUGUUCAGCAGUGGGUGGUGGGCAAGAGGCUCCCCGGAGACCAGGAGACCCUGCACUACAACGGCAUCCAGCGAGAUGGUGACAUGGCCUAUCUCUACCUCAGGUCUGCCAAAGAGGCCAAGCUCAGCAAAGAGACAUUCCAGAGGGAGCGGCAGUGCCGAGUCCUGGCAGAACUGGGCUUCGGAGACAUCAGCCUGCAGCCUCGUGGGAGCCAGGAACCGGCGGACGCGGGGCUCGGAGCCGGGGCGCAGGAGCAGGACAGCCUGUGCAUGGAGGAGCUGAGGCAUGAGCUCUCGCAGGUGGAAGCCGCCCUGCCCCCUGAACCCCCCAAGGUCGGCUGGGUCUGUCCGAGCUGCACCUACGUCAACAAGCCCACCCGCCCCGGCUGCGAGAUCUGCUGCAAGGAGCGGCCCGAGGACUACGCGGUGCCCACGGCUUACCAGCCGGACGAGGAGGAGCUGGCGAGGAUGAGGAACGAGGAGGAAGCCAUGAGGCAGUCCCAACAGGUGACAGAGCAGCAGAAGAUCGAGAACUACCAGCACAUCCUGCAGGUGGACAGGCAGAGCCUGGUGCCCGCCGCUGAAGUGAUCGAAUGUCCCAUCUGCUUUGCAACCCUGCAGCCUGGAAAGGGGGUGACCCUCCGGGAGUGCCUGCACUCCUUCUGCAGGGACUGUCUGAAGGGGACGAUACUGAACAGCCUGGAGCCUGAGGUGCCCUGCCCGUACAUCGACGAGAAGUACUCCUGCACCGGACAGCUGCUGGAGCGUGAGAUCAAAGCGCUCCUGAGCGCUGCCGAAUACCAGCACUUCCUGGACCUGGGCGUCUCCAUCGCCGAGAACCGCAGCCGGUCCAGCUACCACUGCAAGACCACGGAUUGCCGGGGCUGGUGCAUCUUCGAGGAUGACGUGAACGAGUUUGCCUGCCCCGUGUGCCAGAAGGUGAACUGCUUGCUCUGCAAGGCCAUUCACGAGAACAUGAACUGCAAGGAGUAUCAGGACGACCUCAAGCGCCGGGCUAACAACGACCAGGCUGCCAGGCAGACCACCGAGAUGCUGACGCUGAUGGUCCAGAGCGGGGAGGCCAUGUACUGUCCCACCUGUAAGAUCGUUGUCCAGAAGAAGGACGGCUGUGACUGGAUCCGCUGCACUGUCUGUCACACGGAGAUCUGCUGGGUGACCAAGGGGCCGCGCUGGGGGCCAGCGGGCCCGGGCGAUACCAACGGUGGCUGCUGCUGCAGGCUGAACGGUGUUCCUUGCCAUCCCCACUGUCAGAACUGCCACUGA